ACAGAGACAGGAUUCAGUGUGGCUUUACCGCCUCUGAGGGAAGGAAGACGAGUGUCAGAGCUCCGCGCGGAAGGGGGCAGAGAGAGUGUAGUGAAAAGUGACACGCAAGGGCGUUCCGAGACUCUCAGGUGAAAGACAGCUCUGUUGCCGUCGAGACAAAGUUGCAAGGCCUUUGCCAUAGAAAAGAUAGUGAUCUGUGGACCUAGUCGGACUUAGUGGGACUCGAAAUGCGUCCGGAGGCGGAGUAAGGACCGAGACCGAGACAGACGCCAGCAGCCAUGAGGUUCUUCAAGAAGGACGUCGCGGCGGCCAGCCCGGCCCACGCCAAGGGCGUCAACCACAACAACAAUGUGCACAUCAUCGAGGACCCGAGGAAGCAGGUGUAUCACUGGCAGAGUGAGGGGGGGGGGAAGAAGUCAUCGGUGGAUGACAUGGUCCUCCUCUCCAAGAUCACCGAAUCUGCCAUUGCUGAGAACUUGAAGAAGAGAUUCCUGGAAGACAAAAUAUACACCUACAUUGGGCCCGUGCUUGUUGCUGUGAACCCCUUCAAACAACUGCCAUACUUUGGAGAACGGGAGAUUGAGAUGUAUCAGGGUGCGGCACAGUAUGAGGUUCCGCCGCACAUAUAUUCUAUUGCUGAUACAAUGUACCGGAACAUGUUGAUUGAUUCAGAUAGCCAGUGUGUCAUCAUAAGCGGAGAAUCUGGAGCAGGAAAGACUGUCUCUGCAAAAUUUAUAAUGACCUAUAUAACUCGCAUAUCUGGAGGUGGACAGAGAGUCCAACAUGUUAAAGAUAUUAUACUGAAGUCAAAUCCUUUGCUAGAAGCCUUUGGAAAUGCAAAGACAACCAGAAACAACAAUUCCUCAAGAUUUGGAAAAUAUAUAGAAAUUCAGUUUUCUAGUGGUGGUGAACCUCUUGGAGGUAAGAUUUCAAAUUUCCUGCUGGAGAAGUCUAGGGUUCACUCGCUCAAUGACGGCGAGCGCAACUUCCACAUCUUCUAUCAGCUUUGUGCAGGAGCAACGGGUGACAUGAAAAACAACUUGGGGAUAUCCACACCGGAUUAUUUUUCCUACCUCAGCCAGAGUGGUGUGUACAAGGUGGACGGCACCAAUGAUGCGUACGAAUUCCAAGGAACACUCAAUGCAAUGUCAGUGAUGGGCAUAGCAGAAGAGACGCAGAUGGACAUCAUGUCUGUUGUUGCAGCCAUUCUACACAUGGGCAACAUUUCUUUCACAGAGCAGAACAAUGCAGCCACUAUAGCUGAUGCGGCAUAUCUGGCGUUCCCUGCCUACCUCCUGGGGAUAGACGCCCAGAAAUUAGGCCAGAAACUUACCAGCCGAGUGUUCGACAGCAAGUGGGGAGGGAAGUCGGAGAGAGUGGACGUCACGCUCAAUCUGGAACAGGCUCAGUUUGCUCGUGACGCCUGGUGUAAAGGACUCUAUUCUAGGAUGUUUGAUUAUAUUGUUGAGACUGUUAAUAAAGCUAUGGUUACCGAUGCUAACUUGUUCAGCAUUGGCAUCCUCGACAUUUACGGUUUUGAAAUAUUUGGCCGCAACGGAUUUGAGCAAUUUUGCAUCAACUAUGUGAAUGAGAAACUGCAGCAGAUUUUCAUUGAGUUGACGCUGAAGAGUGAACAAGAGGAAUACAAGGCUGAGGUCGGGAGCAAUCCUCACUACCAGCCUUUCAACCACGGCUUCACCAUUAAGCACUACGCAGGAAACGUCUCCUACCAUGUUGAAAACUUCUGUGAGAAGAAUAGAGAUGUGCUUUUUACUGACAUUAUUGAGGUCAUGCAAGGAAGCACCAACACAUUCAUCCGCAACCUCUUCCCCGAUGUGCUCCAAAAGGGGUCCAAGACGCGGCCCACCACAGCAGGCACGAAGAUCCGCACUCAGGCCAAUGAGCUAGUCACGACGCUGAUGAAGUGCGUCCCUCACUAUAUUCGCUGCAUCAAGCCCAAUGAAACCAAGAAGCCCCACGACUGGGACGAACAAAUGGUUAAGCAUCAGGUUGAAUAUUUGGGUUUAAAAGAGAACAUCAAAGUCAAGAGAGCAGGAUUCGCAUACCGCCGUCCCUACCAGAAGUUCCUGCACAGGUACGCCAUCCUGACCAAGGAGACGUGGCCAGCUUGGCAUGGGGAGCCCACAGAAGGCAUACAUGUUAUAAUGCGCAGCGUCAACAUGGAUCCCGCGCAGUACCAGAUCGGCCGAAGUAAAAUAUUUGUGAAGGACCCUGAGUCACUCUACAUGUUAGAAGAAUCAAGAGAGCGCAAGUUUGACCACUAUGCAAGAGUCAUCCAGAAGGCAUUCAGAAAAUACUUCAGUAAGCAGAGGUAUCUAAAGGAGAAAGUGGCAGCUAGUGACCUUCUAGUGAACAGGAAGGAGCGUCGUAGGAAUUCCCUGAACAGAAACUUCUACGGAGAUUAUAUUGGUGUUGAGUACAAACCAGGCCUCACAGCACUGAUUCCAAGGAGAGAUAAGGUGGAGUUUGCGCUGACAGUUGACAAAUUCGACCGUAGAUUUAAGAAGACCAAAAGAGAUCUCAUCUUGACCAAAUCCCACUUGUACUUGAUUGGGCGAAUGCAGGUCAAGAAAGGGCCUGAAAAAGGUCAGAUCAAGGAUGUAAUCAAGAGAAAAAUUGACUUGGAAAAUCUCUCUCAAGCUACUCUGUCCACAUACCAAGAUGACUUGGUUCUAAUCCAUGUCCGGAAUGACUAUGAGUCGUUGCUGGAAAUACGCUUCAAGACAGAAUUUCUGAUGGUUCUCAACAACAAAUUAAAAGAAAGAUAUAACAGAGAGCUGCCCCUGAACUUCAUUAACAGCUUCGACUUCCGAGUGAAGAAAACUGGAUGGGGUGGUGGGGGGACGAGGCGAGUCAGAUUCACAGACGGGACCACAGAUGAACCCCUCUUCUCGUCGUCUGGCUCUACGCUGUCUGUCAAGAUUGCACAUGGUCUAUCUUCCACUUCAAGGCCUGGUAUACAAGUGAUAACUCCGGAUAUAAGAAUUCUUGCCAAUGAGAUGAGAUCCAAGAGUAAUAAUGUCCCUGGCUCAAGAGGAAACCUGCAGCCACCCAUUAGGAAUCAUGUAAACAGGAGCCCCAGUGGAAGUCUCAUUACAAGGCCCUCUGGACCGGCCCCAAAACCCCCUGGCUUAACAGGAGCUUCCCCAAGACCUAGAGGAGCAGUGGGACCACAAUUCCGACCCCCACUUGCUCAGCCAGUGACAAAUCCUGGAUUCCCACGUCCUCCUGUAGCAAGAAUGCCACUGAAUCCUGGAGGAGGACCUCCUGCCUUUAGAUUGCCUAGAAUGGGUAGUCCUCCAAUUCAAGCUGUGCAGCCGCCUCCGCCACCUAGUGACCCUUGUCCAGACAAUCAGCCGAGCAUUGGGAAUGGAAGCUUACGUAGUGUGAACAGACUCCCAGCAAGUCUACCUGCAAAACCACCUAUUAAUAGACCCAAACCUACAGUACCUCAAGUCAGGGCACUCUAUGGAUAUGAUGCAAGUGAUGUAGAUGAGCUGACAUUUAGUGAAGGAGAUAUUAUGGUGUUAGUACAGGAAGAUAUUUCUGGAUGGUGGACAUGCAAGUUUCGUGGUCAAGAAGGGUUUUGCCCGGCUAAUUACCUUGAGAAAAUAUAAAGUACUUGAUUGCGGUAAAUAAUAAUAAUACAAAAAUAAUAAUCUGUAUAUUUGUAUGGAUUCAUUUUAUAUCAUGGAGUCAUUCACUAGUAUAUCAGUAUUUUGCUGGAAGUGUAGAGGUGAAAUAGUUGUAUGAUGAAAAGUCUGGCUUAUAUAUUUAUACCUCUUAAUGUUAAAAUGCAUUAGAGAGAGGAAUGAUAGAUAUUACCAAAUUAGAAGAAAAGUAGCUAGCAAUAUUAACUUAUUUGGAAAUUGUAAAGAAAAAGGUAUUUUGGUCCGAGAAGAAAAUUAAUGCCUGUGCUCAUCAUGUACUUUAUAUACUUUGUAUUUUGUAUUGUGUCUGUGCAUGUAUGUAUGUAUGUAUGCGUGCAUGUUUAUGCAUGCGCAUGAGUGAAUGUACGAUUUAGGUGAGAUUAAACAGUUAACCUUUCUGGUGGUUUGAAAAGCUAGCAAAAGUUUAUUUUUCAAGGAAUAAUAAUAUUCAGUUCUGCUGAAAUCCUGGUAUAUACAUUUCCCCGUGGCAUUCAUACUUUGACGUGUUCGAGAUUAGUCGGAGGAUAUCAUAGGCUGUAUGUUAGUAAAAUACGGUUUAUUUUGUACAGGAUCAGGAGUUGAAUUGGAACAGUAAUUUGUUAAAAUUGCUUUGAAAACUAAAAGUGAACGGUUCUUAUGUAUGGUCCAAGUAAUCUUCACUAUGUAUACCUGUAAAUAUUAUCCCUGUUUCAACCUAUAAGGAUAAAGAUGUAUAUUCUUUUUCAAUAUGCUCUUCAUUCUGUUUAUGUAAAUAAUAACUACAGCAUGACAAAUGGUUUUUGAACUUUUUUCUUUCUUUUUUUUAUUGCAUAAUAACUUGUAUCAGGUUUGCCUCUAUUGUUUUGUUAAAAAUGUGUGACGUUAUGAUCAAAGCAGCAUUGAUUUGAUCUCUUUUGUCUAAGGUGUUUCUGAGCCACUUGAAACCUAUUAUUGAACUGUAAUGAAAAUAUGUAUGAUUACAAUUUAAGUAUCCUCAGCAGAAUUGCAGUGGUAUGUAGUGUCAUUAUUGUUAAAUUCCAUUUCUCAUUAACUAUAUAUCAGUGAAUGCUAAAAGAAGAGAUUGUAAAUAUGUCUGUAUAUUCAUUUUUAUAAGUAUUUAACAUAGAAAUAUACUGUAUGGGUGGUAUACCAACCUUCAUUUAGUGAAUGGAUUGUAUAGCAAUGAAGUUGUCUUGCUACUAAUGAUUGACUUUACCCUUUUGUUUGCUCCUCCAUAGUGCUAAGAAAGGAAUAAUAUGCCAAAGAAAAGAUAUGAGUAACCAAUAUUUAACAAGUCAUCUUUGGAAGUGCUUAAUGAAAUGAUGGAUGGACAUUUGUAAAUUAUACCUAUCUAGUCUUCAAUAAAAUUUCAUGUUUGAAGUAAAA